CUCCAACAUCAGUCUUAUUUACAUUACAUCCGUACGUAUACGUAAACCAUGAAUUUCCACCAGUUUCACUCAUCAUACAUGGCGUUCGAUAUGCACACCGGAAGUUCUUCUACCACGUGCUAAUAAGCAAAUAAGCAAUCAAUCUAGAUUGAUUUUCAUCGUACUGUUUUAUCCUCCAAUAUGUUGAACCGUUGCAUCAUACAGCAUUAUUCUUAUUCUUAUUAUCAUUAAUACUUUACUUUCCAUUCGCUACAUCGUGCAGUUACCUCGUCUCUUUUAAAUGGUGGAGGCAACUGAAUUAUUGGCUAGGUAGGUAGCUAAUCAUCCAAAGGUUGUGUGUCCUUGCCAUCGCCAAGUCGAUGUGUUUAUCCAUCGACCUAGUAAAUGACAUUCUAGUGAAUAAUAAUAAGUAAAAGGUAAAUAUCUGUCUCACUCGUCGCAAUGGUCACUCCGAGUAGCAAGCCUGUUCUUGUAUUAUUUUUACCUUCGAGGUUCAGUUGACCUUCAACCCUUUCUUUCUCUUUCUCUCCUUUUGCUUGGUAUUAUAAUCGCAAUGAGAUGUUUUAUCGCUCAAUAUGCCUUCUGCUCCUUCGUAUUCGUCUUUGUCUUCUUCGUUUUCUUGCCGGUUGUACUCGCCCUAACGCCUCCUAUUCCCUACCCUCCGUCCGACAGCGUUAGCGACGAUGUUUUAGCUGCGCUCGCCGAUCCUGCGCAGAAUGUUACGGGCAUCGCAUAUUUCGAGCAAUAUAUCGAUCAUAGCAAUCCAGACUUCGGUGUAUUUAAUCAAACCUAUUGGUAUAAUGCCACCUUCUGGGGUGGUCCGGGGUCACCCGUCAUCUUAUUCACUCCUGGCGAAGUUGCUGCUACGAGAUACAUGUCGUACUUGACUGACCAAACCCUCGCCGGCCUGAUCGCGAAAGAAGUUGGCGGUGCAAUUGUACUGGUCGAGCAUCGAUAUUGGGGAAACAGCACGCCGUACGAAAUUCAAACAACUAAGAAUCUUCAGUUCUUAAACUUGGAUCAAUCGGUUGCGGACUUUGUGCGUUUUGCCCAAACCGCUAAGCUCCCGUUUGACAUAGACGGUACAUCGAAUGCACCCAACUCUCCCUGGAUAUGGACUGGCGGUUCGUAUUCGGGUGCAUUAGGUGCUUGGGUCGAGAGUCUUGCCCCUGGGACGUUCUGGGCAACUCAUUCCAGCAGUGGCCCCGUCGAGGCAGUUUUUAAUUACUGGCAAUAUUUCUAUCCUAUUCAACGGGGGAUGCCCAAAAAUUGCUCAGAAGAUUACGCCGCCAUUAUUAAUUACGUCGACAAGGUGUUUGUCAACGGAUCUCAAAAUGAGACGGCCACCUUGAAGCAGUUAUUCGGCCUCCAAGAUCUCGCGCAUUUAGAUGAUGUAGCUGCGGCAAUAUCAUCUCCAAUCUGGGCCUGGCAGAGCAUUCAAUUCACCUCCGGGUAUUCUCAAUUCUACCAGAUGUGUGAUGCCAUUGAGAACUCGACCGUACCCCUCAACAGCAGUAGCCCUCGUGGUGUCGGCCUCGAAAUUGCCCUCCCUAACUUCGCUAAGUGGUUCACAGAGCAAUAUCUACCAGGAUAUUGCGCCUCUUAUGGCUAUGAAGAGUGGAAGAAUAACUACAAUGUCGCAUGUUUCGACACGUAUAAUGCCUCCAGUCCCAUGUUCACGGAUCAAACUCAAGCGAAUACGUUUGGACGUACAUGGGUAUGGAUGACUUGUAAUGAACCUUUUUUCUAUUACCAGACUGGCGCGCCGGUAAACCGUUCCACCGUCUUCACACGCCUCGCCAGCGCAAAUUAUUGGCAGCGUCAAUGUGAAUUAUUUUUCCCUGAGGAGGGAAAGUUCACCUACGGGAGCGCCCUGGGUAGAACAGCGUCAGAUAUCAACGCUUAUACCAAAGGAUGGCACAUACCUGAAUACUUGGACGCCGAGUCCCGGCUCCUCUGGGUAAAUGGCGAGUUCGAUCCAUGGAGGUCAGCUUCCGUUGCUAGUGAAUUCAGGCCCGGCGGCCCCUUGGCGUCCACCCCUGACGUACCUAGCAUUUUGAUACCCGGUUCGCGCCAUUGUAACGACCUUCGAGUUCAAAACGCGGUCAAUUCAGAUAUUAAGAAGGCCCAAGCAGAUAUUAUCUCUCAAAUCGCAAACUGGACCAAUGACUUCUACAUGAAGAGGAGAUAACGCAGUUGUUGUAUCUUUCUAAUUGUAGCUCGGGUUUAUAUUAUCAGUCGCAGGUAUCACGAAUGGCUUUACGAUCAAAAGGUCAAAACUUCAUUGCUCGAGCCCUGUCUCACAUCCGUUCUUUAAUCUCGGUUGAGGUACCUAGCUACCUCUAUAGGUACACCAUAUUUGAAACCUAAACCUCAGAUAUAUCAAUAUCAAUCUAUCUUUAGUGUUGACUGUAGUGCAAGACAAGGUACCAAGUUGCGCAAGGCGUAACUUUAGGGCCACUUUGGUCCUUCAUUAAGAAGCAUAAAAACCGCAGCGACUACGUACUUAGACAUAGCAAGUUUUCAUCUUCUGAAUAAAACGUUCCAGCGUCUUUACUUCUCGGUCAGAGAUGCCAAGCAUCAAAUCAGCAGAUCCUCAAAGUUAAUAAGACGCCAUGAUCAUUUCCGCCAUCGAACUGAGAGCCAAGCUAUCUCUACCAGGUACCUACCUGUAGGAGGUAGGUAGUAACUAUUUAGAAC